AUUUCGAAUCGAAGCAUCAAGUUGAGAAGAACGUUUGUGAGUAUUUUCAUAGUGUUGACUGAGCUUGAGAAAGUUUGUUUUCAAUAAUUAAGUGCAACAACGUUAGACAGUAUUCAGAAAUAUCAUUAAUCGAUAUUUGAACUUGAAGUAAGCGCUAACUAACUGCUCUUGUCGAUCAUUGAUGGAUACCAGAAAAAUGAAUAAGAAACGUAGGCAAAGAGAUCUUAAUGGUGGAGCAAGCGGAGGAUCUACUGGAUCGUCACAAGAAUCUAUUACAGAUAAAUCCUGCCCACACUUGAACAAAGCAUUCAAUUUUAAUAGUAUCAAAAAGCAUACAAAAAAGACUGGCAUACGUGCUGAAUGUUCGACUUGUAAAAAAGAGAAAGCUUUAAAGGAACAUAUAAAUGAGAUAGAACAAUCGGAUAUUGACAUUUGGGUAUGUUUACUAUGUGGUGAACAGAAUUGUGGAAUAAAAAAUGAGAAACAUGCUCAGAAACAUUAUGAAAAGCCUCAUAGUGAUAGUCAUUAUAUCGCAAUAAAUAUAAAAGAUUGGAAUAUAUGGUGUUAUAGAUGCUCCAAAGAAAUAACUCUUGAGCAUAGAAGGAAGACGGAGGUAGUAGAUUUUAUACAAAAAUCUUUAUUGAAAUCACCGAUAACUUCUCAACAAACCAAAGUGACUGCAGCUAAGAAUCAAAAAGUAGUAAAUAAUGUAAAUAAUAUAAAUAAUGUAAAUAGUGUAAAUAAUGUAAAUAAAGAAAAAGACAAAGGAUUAAACAACUUACCAAAAGUUAUGGGCUUACAUAACUUGGGAAACACUUGUUUUUUUAAUGCUGUACUUCAAUGCUUAGCAAGAACACCAUACUUGGUUAAAGUAUUGGAUGACUUAUGUACACCAGGAGAAAAAUUUAUUUUACCAGGAGGAAAAUUUAAACCUGAUCCUAAUGGAGAAGAAGUAGAAUUGCCACCUAUCGAGAGUGAAUUAGAAGGAGGUGGUCAGUUCACCUCGAUUCUAUGUAAAACAUUAACAGAAAUGCAAAAUUGUACUUCUCAACAGUCAUUUAGUCCACAAGAACUUUUAAAUACAUUUAAGAAAAAAGCUAUGCAAUGUAUGGAUGGUGGACAACAUGAUUCUCAUGAAUUACUUAGACAUUUAUUAGAAUUAGUACGAAAUGAAGACGUCAGGAGGUACCAAUCCAUUAUAAUGAAAGAACUUCGUUUAAGUAAAAAAACAAUACCAGAAACUGUUGAAAAUAGCAUAAAAGCAAAAGUGAAAUUCUAUGGUAAUCAAGUGAAUACAAAAUUACUUGGUCCAGAACCAGUGUUUAUGGGUGUUUUGGUAUCUACUUUAGAAUGUAUGAAGUGUAAUCAUUCUUCACAAUGUACUGAGCCAUUUCUAGACUUGAGUUUACCAGUUACAGCUGAUAAGCCACAACCUCCUGUAUUUAAAAGAAAGAAUAAUGGUUUAGAUGAAACUUUUGAUAUAAUGGGUAACAGUUACUCAAAUACUCUAUCAAAACAACAAUUAAAAAAGGAAAGAAAGGCUUCUAGAAAAAAUAGGAAAAAUAGAAAUAUUACUGCUGACUAUUACUACAAUGAUAUAAUAAAACAUAAUAAAAUUAUUGAAGAAAAUGGUGUACUAGAAUCAGAAGAGAGCGAUGCAGAUAUAGAAGAUAAUGUAGAAGGAGAAAAUACAUGUGCAGAAAUUGGAGAAUCUGGAUAUAGUUCAGAAAAGGCUUCAGCUGUUGCUAGUCCUGUAUCUCCUACAAACUAUCAAAUUGAUAAUCAAAGAAGAACAUCACAAGAAACUCUCAAUGUAUCGACAGAGGAAAGUUUAGAUGUUAAAUCAAUAGAUAAUUCGAAAACUCCUCUAAAUAAUGAUACUAUUACUGUCAGUGCCUUAAACAGUUCUAGUCCAUCUGACGUAUCAAUGGCAGAUAUAACAAAAAUGCGUCUUUCUUCGGAAGCUGACAAAGUUGAAAGUUCAGAAAGUAAUGAAAAUGAGAACAAUGCACACACAGGAUUAUCUCUUUCCACAUCGUUGAUAAUUAAUUCUGAUUUAACUAGUCCUGAUGUUUUAACUGUGAGUCCUUUAAGCAGUUCUAUAACAUCCAAAGAUAGUCCUAUGAGUCCGUUGUCUAUUGUGCCAAAUGGAGAUGAAGAUGAAAAAGUAAAUAGGCUACUUUCUGGGUUCGAUAAAACCGAGUCUAGUACAAAUGUAGAAACAUCAUCAAGUUCCAUUAAAACGAAGAAAGAAGCCUUUACAACCGCACAUAAUCAAAAACAUACGAAAAACAGUAAUUCAGAAAAAGAAGUUAAUGCUGGUAUCAACGAUAUAACGUCUGGACUUUCACGAUUGGGUAUAACCAAUAGUACACAUCAUUCUCCAACAAAGUAUCCUAGGAAAGAAGAAGAAUAUUCGAUACAGUCGUGUUUAAAUCAAUUCACCACAUUAGAACUGAUGAGUGGCAGUAACGAAGUAGGAUGUGAACAAUGCACUGAAGCAGAGAAAAAGGUCAAAGUAAACUGCACAAAAAUGAUAUGCACGCCUCACACCAAGCAAUACCUUAUAUCACGUGUUCCGCCAGUUUUGAUAUUACAACUCAAGAGAUUUCAAGCGCAAAGAGUUACUUUUCGUAAAGUGACAAGGCGUGUGGCAUUUCCACUUGUAUUUGAUUUAUCGCCUGUUUGUAAAAAUAGUAGGAAACCACGAAUCUAUGCUCUUUAUGGCGUGGUUGAACAUUAUGGUUCAACGAUUGAUGGAGGCCAUUAUAUUGCUUACGUCAAGACAAGAGCACCAUUAAGUCCAAAUGACGCGCGAUGGUCGUUCUUACCUAGAAAAGAUGCCAAAGAUGUUGAAGAGGUAUCUAAUGAUAAAAAUCCUGAAUUAGAAGGAGAAGCAACAGCUAAACUUGCAGAAACGAUACAACCACCUCCAGGCAAAUGGUAUUCUGUUUCUGAUGCACGAAUAAUAGAAGUUGAUGAAUCUACUGUACUCCGCUGUCAAGCUUACCUUCUAUUUUAUGAAAGGAUUCUCUGAAAAUUAUUUAUUAAUU